CUAGAAGCUGGCUAGCUGCUGUGUAGGCUUGAACUUCUGCUGUGGUAAGCUGAAUUCCUGCAGUUCAGAACUGUCUGGUUGUUUAAACAAAGGAAAUAUUUGUUAAGCAUAUAGUAAAGUCCAUUAAUGGAAGAAGCGGUGAUUAUUCCUGGACCAUCGUCAACUGAAGAAGAGCUUGUCAACUCGACAGAAAUGCAAAGUCUGACUACUCCAUCUGUACAGUAUCGCCAACCAGGAGUCAGGUCUGAUAAUCAAAUGGACGUUACUGAGAUUAACCCAUCAAAAAUGAAGAAAAAAGGAUUGAGCGCUUUGGAAAUAGCUCUUAUUGUUUUGGCAGUUCUGCUUGCUGCUAUAGCUAUUGCAAUGAUCAUUGCAUACGCAACAUAUGAUGAUGGAAUUUGCAAAACUCCGAGCUGUGUGAAUGCAGCAUCCCGAAUAAUGACCAGCAUGGACGCUACUGCAAAUCCUUGCCAAGAUUUUUAUCAGUACUCCUGUGGAGGAUGGCUCAAGAAAAAUGUAAUUCCUGACAGUGCUCCUCGCUUCAGUACUAUUGACCAGCUUAAGGACAUAGGAACAGAUGUUCUCAAAAGUGGCUUUGAAACAAAGAAUGACAGUGACAAUUCUGCAAUCAAAAAAGUAAAAGUGUUUUACCAGUCAUGCUUGAAUGAGACAUCAAAGAAUCUCAAAAAAGGACAACCACUGAUCAAAGCCUUAGCUGAUGUAUUUGAUUGGCCAGUGACAAUGGAUAACUGGGAGGAAGUAUACGGUGCUACAUGGACAGCUGAAUCAGCAAUGUCAAGGAUGAAUGCUAAGUUUGGAUCUGAAAACCUUAUAAAUGCCGCUGUGAGCAAAGAUGUUAAGGAAUCCAGUGUCUUCAUCGUUUAUAUUGAUCAACCUGCAAUGCAGCUCCCUUCAGCAGAAUAUUAUACGUGUACUGGCGCAUAUGAAAAGGCAUGUGAAGCAUAUCUGGUAUAUAUGACUACUUUGGCAAAACUCAUCCGCCAAGAUAAAAAUCUAGCUGUUGAUGAAAACAAGAUUAAAGCUGAGCUGGCGAGAUCUUUUGAGCUGGAGAAAGCUAUAAUUAAUGCAUUUAUUCCCCCAGAAAUAAAACAAGAUCCAAAUAAUGUUUAUGAGAAGAUGUCCAUUGCAGAGGUUGAGAAUAAGUAUCCAGUGACUAUUAAUGGCACAAAAUUUAAUUGGUUGUCUUACAUUAAUGCAGUGCUUGCACCUAGUAAGGUUACGGUAACAAACAGUGAACAGGUGAUUAUGUUUUGUGGUGAUUACAUAAAGAACAUUACAAAUUUUAUCUCCAAGUUUAGCGGAAGAGACAUUCAGAAUUUGUUUGCCUGGACUUUUGUAAAAUCUGUUGCUGGUGACCUCAGCAGCGAAUACAAGGAUGCUGGAAAAGCAAUAAAUCAGGUGUUUUAUGGUUCCAGUGGAGAUGUACCAAUAUGGAAAACUUGUACUACCUUUUGUUCAAACAACUUUAAUGAUGUUGCUGGAAGAAUCUAUGUAGAGGAAACAUUUUCUUCAGAUAGUAAAGCUUUGGUCAAUGAAAUGAUUUCAGAAAUCCGUACAUCGUUCUUGGAAAUGUUGGAGGAACAGACAUGGAUGGAUGAAAUAACAAAACAAAAAGCAGCACUAAAGGCUUCUAAAAUAAGAGAGCAGAUUGGAUUUCCUGAUGUGCUCUUUAAUGACGCUGAAAUGGAAAAAACAUAUUCCGAGUUGAAUUUCAAAAGCGAGGAAUAUUUUGAAAAUAAACUCCAAUUUCUUACAUUUGUCCAAGUUUUAAGGGGAAGGAAACUGAGAGAAAAACCUGACCCAAAUGAAUGGGCAGCAGGUGCAGCGGAAGUUAAUGCUUAUUACAGUGCUUCAGACAAUCUAAUAGUUUUUCCUGCAGGCAUUUUGCAACCACCAAUGUUUUUUGGAGGAGGGCCUAAAUCACUUAACUAUGGAGGAAUUGGCUCUGUGAUUGGACAUGAAAUCACACAUGGCUUUGAUAACAAUGGCAAGAACUAUGAUGAAAAAGGUGAUCUUGUUGACUGGUGGACAGAAAAUUCAUUACAGAAAUUUAAUGGGUUAUCACAGUGCUUUGUAGACCAAUAUGGAAACUUCUCAUGGGCUUUAGCUGGAGGAAGAAAGCUCAGUGGCACUGGUACAUUAGGUGAAAAUAUUGCAGAUAAUGGAGGAAUAAGAGAAGCUUACAAGGCUUAUAUGUAUCAUAUUAAAAAGAAUGGAAAAGAGAAAAAUCUUCCUGGGCUCGACUUGACUAAUGAACAAUUAUUUUUCCUUUCUUUUGGCCAGAUUUGGUGUGCGACCUACACUCCGGAAUACGCAGUCACUUCCAUCACUGAGGAUGAACAUAGUCCAGGACAAUUCAGGGUUAUUGGGACUUUACAGAAUACACAAGAGUUCUCAGAUGCCUUCUCAUGUCGCAGCAAUGACAACAUGAACCCCAAGCACAAAUGCCGGGUGUGGUAAUGUGCCAGCACUUCAUACUAAAGGCUCAAGGAUAACAUUCAAAGCCUAGGGGGGAAAAAGAAAGAUAUGUAAAGAUCACAACAGCAGAGAACAAAGUACACAUUAUUAUGCCAAAUGUUACAAAACUUAUGUGUCUAAAUCCUUAACCCUUUGGCUUCUAGAGAAGGCUGGAGGUUUUUUUUUUUUUUUUUUUGAAGCAAAGAGAUUUUACAAGCCUGGUUUCUAGUUGACUCCGAUUUAAUUGAACCAACCACCAAAACAAAACACAAUCAAUAUAUUACUUAGAACUAAUUACAAUAUUUGUAAUUACCAAUAGAUUUACAAAAAAAAGUUUUUUUAAAACAUUUAUUUACUAAGAAAUUUAAUCUAUUACAUCACACAAGAACUCAGAACACGGUGACUUAUUUCCCCUGUGUAAAGUGGACAAAAGCAUUUGUUUUGCUUUUCUAUGUUACCCUUUCCAAACAUUACAGCAUUUUUAAUUCUAAAAAAAUUGAUAGAUUUUCUGAAUAUUUAAAUAUGGAUGAAUUAUGUCUCAAUGACUAGAGUAGAAAUCCUAUUAAAUGUUUUACUUUUAAAUUAUCUUUUAUAAUUAGAUUUUUAUGCUAAAUCUACAAACUAUUCCAUUUAAGAACACACAUUUUUAAGAAUUUGUUUCUCAAGAGAUUUUAAAUAGAUACCAGAGAUUUGUUUAACUUACGUUUUCCGAAAUCAUUGUUUACAUUUCUUUGUGAACAUUUUAUAAAACUUAGACAUUGGGGUCGAUUUAUCAAGCUCCGUACGGAAACAGAAGUUCUGAAGCAGUUGCUCCAUAACUUGUCCAUCUGCUCUGAGAUUGCGGACAGAAAUCAACCCGAUCGAAUAUGAUCGGGUUGAUUGACACCCUCUUGCCGAGAAUCUGCAGGGGGCGGCAUUACACCAGCAGUUCACAAGAACUGCUGGUGCAAUGAUAAAUGCUAACAGCGUACAUGAUACGCUAAAUUGUAUCAUGUCCGCUCGCACAUUAAUAAAUAUACCCCAUUGUCUCUAGAUGCUGAACAAAACACGAGAGAUAGAUUUAACCAAUGAAAUAAACAAACAAAAUACACCAAAAAGAAGACAAAGAAAACUGGUAACUGAGAAACUCAGAAAGAAGAAUAGAGAGAAAUAGUAAGGAAGAAUAGCUCAGCAGUACUGGUUUAGAGAUAAGAGUAUUAAAAAGCUUGUAUAGAAGGAACAGAAGUAAGUGAUAAAUAUUUACUAUAAUCUUCCUAAACAGUUGGAUACUUAAAGGAACAGUGUACUGAUAAAUUUGUAUCCCUUUAAAGGGAUAGAAAAGUCAAACUUAAACUUGCAUGAUUCGGAUAGAGCAUAUAAUUUUAAGACACUUUUAUUGGCACUUAUAUUUUUAAAUGUGCUUUGUUAUCUUAGUAUCCCUUGUUGAAAAGGAGUAAGCACAUAUCCUACACGAGUGGGUGGUAGCUGCUGAUUGGUGCCUGCACACAUGUGUCUCUUGAGAUUGACUAACUAGCUAACUGCCAAUGUUCCUUCAGCAAAGGAUAACAAGAGAGUGAAGCAAAUUUGAAAACAAAAGUAAAUUGGAAAGUUGAUUAAAAUUGUAUGUUCUAUCCAAAUUAUGAAAGAUAAUUUUGGAGUUUCCUGACCCUUUUAAGGUGUUUCCAAUAAUCAAUCUUACACGCUGGAGUGUAUUAAAUUGUCUUUAUUUCAUCAUGUAAAAUAGACACUUUUACCUAUUUAAACAAUCACCUAUAUUGAAAAUUUUAAUACAGCAAUAAUGGGUAUAGACAAGCUUUGUUAAUAAGAGACAGCAGAAGAAACCAUCCUCCCGGUGUGGAGUGGGAGAAAGAGAGAGAGAACCCAGCCUAUAUGUAAGGCAUAUCCUACAGCAAUUAUGAAUACAAUAAACUUUUAUCAGCUGCUUGCCUGACUACAUUUCCCCUUAAAUAACAACUGACUAGUGUGGGAUAGCUAUAGCAGACAGUCCAGCAUUGGUUCACACUAAUACUAAAUUAUACCCAUCUUGGUAUUCUAUUUUCAUAACUGUUUUUUAUUGUACUAUACCAAACAGCACUGAAUUGAUUUUUAGCUUGUGUACAUGCUUUUGAAAUCAUCCCUACAAAAAAGAUAAUAUUUUAUACAUAAAUAGUAUGUUAGAAUAGAUUGUUAAAUGGUGAAGCAUCCACUCUAAGACACCGCAUGUGCAUUAAUUUGAUGUACACUUAAAUGUUUAGCUAAAGACAAUUGUUAGAAUGUGUGUAAAAAGCUUAGAUUAUUUUUUAUGGUAGAUUUAUACUUAAAAAUAAUUGUGCAUUUUUUUUUACAUCAACUUUAAUACUUCAUUAGUUGGGAACUGUUACUUUAGUGAAUAUUUGCACAAGAUAACAUUUUAUAUUAUGUUAAAAUGUAAAGGGGAUAGAGUCAUAGAUUUUUUAUCUCUAUUUCCUAUAUACUUUUAUUAUAUUUUAUUGUCCGGUAUGUUUACAAUAAAUCCCUUUUAUUGUGAAUAGUCUCCAAUGAAUAGUGAAGAAUUUUUAUUUUUUUAUUUUUAUCUGAAGCGUUACAAUGUAAAAGAUCUUGAUAACCGUACCCAGUAAAAAGUCAGACAACUGCCAACAUUUAUUAAAUUGUUCUUGUAUGUGGUAUAUAAUUUGAAUGCAGUCAUUUUUAUGCAAUAACCAAAAACAUGACGUAUAUUUCAGUAAGGUGUCAUCUGAUAUAUAAUAUAUUUAUCUAACAAAUGGAUAGAUUUCUCUUUGGAGUAGAUUCUAUGCAAGUUAAACUCCUUUAAAGUCUGAAUUAACAAAUUAAUAGUUAUAAAAUGUUGUUAAACCUGUU